AUGGUGGGCGUUGCUUCCUCCAUCCAGACUUUAAGUCUGUUUUGGGGCCUCUCGAUGGCCGGCCCUGUUCCCGCUCCCGCUCCUGCUCCUGGACCAAUUUUGUCAAACGUUACAGCGCACGACCUCGAGAUACACAAUGUCCAAAGGGACGACUACCCGCCAAUCAAGCUUCAAUAUUACACCGACUACGCCUGCACCAAGUACAAUGUCGACUUUACCAUCCCCGCCAAUACCGGCUGCUAUAACUACAACUAUGCCGGCACUCAUUCGGUCAAUGCAGUCUCGUGGCCCCGCAAGGACGAGGGGAAGGUGACGCUUGUCUGCAAAUACUACGCCGUCAAGGACUGCCAAGGAGCAGGCCACGAGGUGGGAAACGACGAAUGCGUCAGUGAUCUCAAGCGGUUUGAGAGUCUUUACUGCAUAUUUUAUCACUAG